AUGACUAAAAAAAGAACAAAACUGCUUAUGUGCUUUAAAUAGCUGAAACGAGUUGUCCCAUCAAACAGAAUUGCGCAUAUGUGUCAAGUAAAAAACACAAAGAUAAGCUUGAUUAAUUUACUAAAUAAAUAAACAAAUAAAUAAAUGAAUGAAUAAGUAAUUAAAUAUUAAGAUAGAUAACCAUAAAAGGUAUAAUUUGUAAUUAAUUAUAAACUAACUAAGAAUCUCUAUUAAAUUAACAAAAAUAAAUUUUAUAUAGAACUUCAUAAUGAAAAUAUUUUUUUUUUGUGA